AUGGAAGACGAUACCGGCGGAACUGGAGGCUCUAUUGGUGGUCUCGGUUACUGGAAGCAGAAUCUUUAUUUGUUACAAGAACGGGCACCGAAACCAUUGGCUGUUACGUGUAACCGUGUUAUUGAGAAUAGACCUCCUCAAUAUGGAAACGAAUUUCAUGGGCUCAUUGACAGAGUCGAGGGAUGUCUCAAGGCAGAUAGAAUGCUUAUGGAAGCUGGUGAGGGAGCAUUCCUCGUAAGGGAAUCCAAGCGAUCUCAGGAUGCAUUCACACUUUGCAUGCUGUUCGACGGCCGCGUCCUCAAUUAUAAGCUCUAUUACGAUGGUACUCAUUAUGUGGGUGAGAAACGGUUUGAAACCAUGGAAUUAUUGGUGGCUGACGGUCUGAUCUCAAUGUUCAUGGAUAAACAUGCGUCAGACUACAUUAAAAGAAUGGCCGACGAGGCAAUUUACGAGCACAGUCCGUACAUGCAGUAUACGAAAAGCAGCGAACGAAAACCAGUAGCCCGUUCGCAUAGUUUUACUCAGUAUACGUUUAAAAUGCCACACUAUUGUGAUUAUUGUCGGAAUUUCAUGUGGGGACUAGUACAGCAGGGUGUCCGGUGUGAAACUGUGUUUCGUGCUCCACAUAAAGCGGUGGCUCUGAGCACACUUUGUCCUGGCACUGCCGCCUACAGCUCGCUAACGUGA